UGCAGAUUUGAUCCUCUCGAACACGGCCAUGGACUACAUCACAGAAUAACAUCAGAUGUUGCUAAUCUAAACUGUCUGCUUUGAGUUCUACAGAUUUGUUAGUUGUAUGUUUUAGUUUAUUUAGCUUUAUAUGAAAACACCAUGUCGGUGGCGUUUGCACCUCACAGACAACGUGGAAAGGGUGAUAUAACACCCGCUGGAAUUCAAAAGUUACUGGAUGAGAACAAUCAGCUGAUUCAAUGUAUAAUGGAUUUCCAGAGCAAAGGAAAGACCGCAGAAUGUUCACAGUACCAACAAAUGCUCCACAGAAAUUUGGUUUACCUGGCCACGAUAGCAGACUCCAAUCAGAACAUGCAGUCUCUGCUCCCUGCUAAGUGUGACUCCCCUACUCCUCCAGAGGUAAAGCUUGAACCACCCACUCAGAACAUGCCCAUGGGCCCUGGUGGGAUGAACCCGAGUGGAGCGCCUGGCCCCCAGCCCCCCCACGGACACAACAUGCCCCCGGAGGGCAUGGUCAGCGGCGGCCCCACUGCCCCACACAUGCAGAACCAGAUGAACGGGCAGAUGCCUGGGCCCAAUCACAUGCCCAUGCAGGGCCCCGGGCCUGGCCCCAACCAGCCUCCCAACAUGCCCGGAAGUGGCGCCAUGAACAUGCCCCCCAGCAGCCACGGUUCCAUGGGCGGCUACAACCACGCUGUGCCCUCGUCUCAGGGCAUGCCAGCCCAGGGCCAGAUGAACAUGACCCAGGGACAGGGACCCAUGGGCAACUACGGCCCCCGGCCCAACAUGAACAUGCAGCCUAACCAAGGCCCCAUGAUGCAUCAGCAGCCUCCCUCCCAGCAGUACAACAUGCCCCCUGGGGGUGGCGGGCAGCACUACCAGGGCCAGCAGAAUCCCAUGGGCAUGAUGGGUCAGGUCAACCCGGGCAACCAUGUCAUGGGGCAGAGGCCUAUGCCCCCUUACAGACCCCCACAGCAAGGACCCCCUCAGCAGUACCCAGGGCAGGAAGACUACUAUGGGGACCAGUACAGUCACGCAGGACAGGGAGCUUCAGAAGAGCGAGACCCAGCAGCCAACCAACAGUCCCCCUAUGAAAAAGAUCAUGGAAACGCCCAGUAUGGCCAGCAGCAGGAGGCCUACCAGCAAGGUCCUCCUCAACAGCAGGGCUACCCCCCACAGCAGCAGUACCCCGGACAGCAGGGCUAUCCUGGACAGCAACAGGGUUAUGGUCCAUCCCAGGGAGCUCCAGGCCAGUACCCUCAGGGUUACCCCCAGGGCCAGGGGCAGCAGUACGGGGCCUACCGGGGCCCCCAGCCCGGCCCCCCUCAGGCCCAGCAACAACGCCCAUACCCAGGCUACGACCAGGGACACAUGAGGAAAUAAAGACCCGGGGAUUUGAACCCCUGACUAGCUCUGUAAGAAGCAAAGGGUCAAUAUGGAAAUUACCAGCAAUGAGAGAUGGUCAUGGCAGUCAACAAGAGCCCUGCUCUGACCUCUAACCUCUAAACUCGGCUGCAGCUCACUGAGACACCCUCUCUCUCACACACGCACACACACGCACACACUUUGUGGUCCUUAUGUGAAAUGUGUAAUUUUUGUUAAUGUCGAUAAUGAGAUGAUUUUGUCCACUUCCAUCACUUCGCUUCUGGUCUGUGUUAGUCUCAAAGCAGCGAUGCCUUAAAAGGAAACAGAGCUGCCUUAUACAGAGCCCCGCAGAUGGUGAAAUGGGCAAAAAUAACAAGUUACAUUCAUUUUUUGGAUAUAACAGGACAGAAUUGUACAGAACUGAACUUCACACUCAUGUAGUGCAAUGUUUCUCCAUCCAAUAGCCCCCCGUUCAUAAGAAGCAAUAAUGCCAAUGGGAGGGGGUGGGACAGAGGCGGCGUGAGGAGAUCUUGCAUCUGAAACAAAAUUCUGUUAGGCCAUGGUACAUGUCAAGGUCAACAUAUGUGAUGUAAAAAUCUAUUUUAUGCUUUUUAGAUUAAGCUAACUUUGUAUAAGAAUUGAGACUAUCGUUGAAUAUUGUUUUGGGGUUUUUUCUCUCUUUAACUAUGUCUAUUGAUGUCAUUUUUUGUUGUUGUGAUGACAUUGUAUUCAUCCCC